AUGGUGCGCGUGUGGUCUAACCAGUCGCCGGCGGCAUAUGAAGCAGCCCAGGAGUUGGGAGCUUUCAGGGCAUCUCCCGAGCAUUUGGAGAACAAAGACUUUUGCAAUCCGGAUUCUUACAAUUUCAUGGCGCGAGAAUUAGAGACGAGAGUGGGGCCAUGCCCGCCGGAAGUUGUUGACACCUGGAAUGAAAGGGGAGGCUCCGGCACUCCAUCGCCAGUUUGGGUCUGGCUUCAGUACGAAAGUCGCGCGAAACCCGCGUACGUGCCAAAUGCAAGCUGUUGUGGAAGGCGGAGCAUUUGCAUCGAGGCAGAGAUCAAUCGCGGAGAUGUCCUUGGCAGUCAGUUUGGAGCUUUCCACCAUGUCCUGAACGAUUGUAUGAUCCCUCUCACGGAGGAAGAGGAUGACGAGCUGAGGAAGCUCAAAGACACAGAGCCUGAACGCUGGCAGGAGCUGAAGGUGCAGUCUUGGCAGCGCAUCUUUGACUUAGACUGGCAAGGAGAGGAGUACUGCCUUCAGAGAGCAGAUGCUGCGCAGAUCCAAGGCGUGCUGUGGCAGCUCCCCAUGCCUGCUGUACAACGCGCGCGUCGCAUCAUCGAGAUCGGAGAGUCGCGUGGAACCAAGGGGGUUGAGGUAGACUACUCAGGUGUCGGUGUGGGGGACGACGUGCAGCUCCGGGCAGAGUGGAUCUCGGUUCGUGGCUACAAUCCACCCCUUCACUUGUGUGUCACCGUGACUUCUGUGACAAGCGGCGGUCGUGCUGAAGCACUGGGUGUGCGUGAAGGAUGGACCGUUGCGUGCAUACUGACCGCAGUACACGAUGAGGACCCCUUGCCGUUGCUCGUGGAGCAGCAGGGUGUCCACGUGUCUGGCAAGAUCUAUCCCAAGAAUCAGCCGCCACCAGCAGCAGAGCUACGGGAGCAAUUGCAAGGACUGCGAGGAGUGCAAGUCUUCUUUGAGGGUUUGAAAGAACCAGACUCGGAUUCGGAUUCGGAUUCGGGUCGAGAGAUCUACGAUGAGUCCCAGCAGAUACCGGUCUUGGACGGUUUGAAAGAUGGUUCGGAUUCGGACUGA